UCCUUUUAAAUACAUAGGUAAAUGGGUAAAUGAAAUGUAGAGCACCAUAAUUACAACAACAAAUCUAACGUCAUGACUACUUCCCUAGACAAUCUGCUUCCCUGUGUUAAACUAUUUUGGUUGAAUUUUAAGCUCAUGUAUACAGGACUUUUGUCAAAUUCCAAGUUAAUCCUAAUACUGGAACAUGUAUUAAUUUAAUAUGGGAGGGAGGGGCAUGCAUAUGUGCACAAACAAAAGUAAACGUGCUUCAAGGUAGUGUGCACGCUACAACCAGGAAGUUGUUUUAAACUUCAAGUUAUUUUGUUCAGUGCCGCUAACCCAUUGUUGUUGCUGGUAUUGUUAUUUAAAUGAAUUCUACUGCAUUAUGAGAUGGCUAAAGAAAAAAUUGUUUGGAAAGGGUAGGAUUUCAAAGCUGGGUGCUGGGGUGGUAGAAUUCAACCACUUACGGGAGUUGGAUUGCAAAAACGAGACACCACAUAGGUGAACUUACUUAACAGACUGAUAUACAGAAGACACUGGUGUCCGGAACUCAGACUUCUGAGUUUUACAUGACAUUGUAUCCUAUAUAUAAUAGGGGGAAAAAGAUGUCACUUUGGUGAAAUCAUCUUUAUUCAGCUUACAUGCAGAACACAUUUUAGGUGAAGUGAAGUACACUUUUCACAGAAGAAGAGUUUGGAUUUGUCUUUAAUUACAAAGAGGCAUUGCAACAAUUUUAAAGUGGGAAGGAGACUUGAGGAGGCUCACAAUUCAGAUAUUGGAUUAAGCCCAUGAGAAGGGUUGAGUUGAGACAAAAUUGAGGAUGGGUCUGAAAUGCUGUAUAACCGUAUGGAUAUUUUGCACUGCUAUACUGGGAUGUUUUCCAAUAUCACUAGAGUCAGUGUCAUCUGCAUCAGCAUCUGACUCAUUAUCACCUACAGCAGCAUAUGCAUCAUCAUCUGCAGCAGCAUUUGUAUCAGCAUCUGCAGCAAAUUCUGCAUCACCAGCAUCUUCGACGGCAUCUGCAGUAGCAACUGCAUCAACAUCUUUAGAAGGGGGAGAGACAUCAACUGCUACAGUGACAACAUCUGCUGAAGAUACAACAAUUUCAACAGUAGAGACAACAUCAUUCACAGAGGAGACAACAUCAGGUGCAGAAUCAACAAUGUCUACACUAGAGACAGCAACUACGGAGUGGACAACAUCAGCUGCAGAGUGGACCACAACUACAGGCUGGACAACAUCAAGUACAGAGGAGUCAACUAUUUUAGAAAUGACUACAUCUACAAUAAUGACAACUACAGAUGGGGUAACAUCACUUGCAGAGCAGACAACAACAGAACCGCCUACAUCUACACUAGAGACAACUACAGAAUGGCCAACAUCAACUGCAGAGGAGACAACAUCAACUACAGAUUCAUCUAAAUCUACAUUAGAUACAACAAGUACAGAAUGGCCAACAUCAACUGCGAAGGAGACAACAACGGAAUCACCUACAUCUACACUAGAGACAACUACAGAAUGGCCAACAUCAACUGCAGAGGAGACAACAUCAACUACAGAUUCAUCUAAAUCUACAUUAGAUACAACAACUACAGAAUGGUCAACAUCAACUGCAGAGCAGACAACAACAGAAUCACCUACAUCUACACCAGAGACAACUACAGAAUGGUCAACAUCAACUGCAGAGCAGACAACAACAGAAUCACCUACAUCUACACCAGAGACAACUACAGAAUGGUCAACAUCAACUGCAGAGCAGACAACAACAGAAUCACCUACAUCUACACCAGAGACAACUACAGAAUGGUCAACAUCAACUGCAGAGCAGACAACAACAGAAUCACCUACAUCUACACCAGAGACAACUACAGAAUGGUCAACAUCAACUGCAGAGCAGACAACAACAGAAUCACCUACAUCUACACCAGAGACAACUACAGAAUGGUCAACAUCAACUGCAGAGCAGACAACAACAGAAUCACCUACAUCUACACCAGAGACAACUACAGAAUGGUCAACAUCAACUGCAGAGCAGACAACAACAGAAUCACCUACAUCUACACCAGAGACAACUACAGAAUGGUCAACAUCAACUGCAGAGCAGACAACAACAGAAUCACCUACAUCUACACCAGAGACAACUACAGAAUGGUCAACAUCAACUGCAGAGCAGACAACAACAGAAUCACCUACAUCUACACCAGAGACAACUACAGAAUGGUCAACAUCAACUGCAGAGCAGACAACAACAGAAUCACCUACAUCUACACCAGAGACAACUACAGAAUGGUCAACAUCAACUGCAGAGCAGACAACAACAGAAUCACCUACAUCUACACCAGAGACAACUACAGAAUGGUCAACAUCAACUGCAGAGCAGACAACAACAGAAUCACCUACAUCUACACCAGAGACAACUACAGAAUGGUCAACAUCAACUGCAGAGCAGACAACAACAGAAUCACCUACAUCUACACCAGAGACAACUACAGAAUGGUCAACAUCAACUGCAGAGCAGACAACAACAGAAUCACCUACAUCUACACCAGAGACAACUACAGAAUGGUCAAUAUCAACUGCAGAGCAGACAACAACAGAAUCACCUACAUCUACACCAGAGACAACUACGGAAUGGCCAACAUCAACUGCAGAGCAGACAACAACAGAAUCACCUACAUCUACGCCAGAGACAACUACAGAAUGGCCAUCAUCAACUGCGGAAGAGACAACAGCAACUACAGAUUCAUCUAAAUCUACAUUAGAUACAACAACUACAGAAUGGUCAACAUCAACUGCAGAGCAGACAACAACAGAAUCACCUACAUCUACACCAGAGACAACUACGGAAUGGCCAACAUCAACUGCAGGGCAGACAACAACAGAAUCACCUACAUCUACACCAGAGACAACUACAGAAUUGCCAACAUCAACUGCAGGGCAGACAACAACAGAAUCACCUACAUCUACACCAGAGACAACUACAGAAUUGCCAACAUCAACUGCAAAGCAGACAACAACAACUGUGGAAGGAACUACAUUUACAAUAAUGACAACUACAGAAUGGCCAACAUCAACUGCAGAGCCAACAACUGUGGAAACUAUGUCUCCUAUAGAGACUACUACAGAAGGAACAACAUCAACUACAGAGACAUUCACUACAGUGUGGGGUACGUCUACAAUAGAGGCAACUACAGAAGGGCCAACAUCAACUGCAGAAGAGACUACAUCUACAAUAGAGGCUACAUCCUAUGAUCAGACAACUUUUACCGCAGAAACAUCUUCCAUUGUAGAGACAACAAAUACAAUUCCCACUCAAAUGCCAACAACGACCCCGCCUCCAAUUAAUAAUCCAGUUAACCUCACUGCAGUAGCUAUAAGCUGGGGCCAGGCUAACGUGUCUUGGGGACAUGUGACAUUUCCUGGGCAAGCUUGGACAUACACAGUGUAUGUGUAUUGGUGUCAUGAUGAAUAUUACUUUUAUUAUGGCUAUAAUGUGAGGACCAUACAGGAUGUACAGGAAAAGUGGGUUAUCAUAGAUGGAUUGCUUCCCAGAAGAUGCUAUUAUUUUUAUGUGUCUGGUCACCUGUCUGGUCGAUGGUAUGGCUCUGGCUACAGUAACCAUAUCAAAAUGCCUAUACGCAUACCAGAAUCUCCUUUCAAGUUUGUCCCAGAGAAGCUUGAUCUCAGUUUUCCAGAAAAUACAAGCCUGGGUACAGAGCUAUAUAAUCCUAUACUCACUGGUGGAUUUACAAAUGAAACACAUGACUUUGAAUUCACCUUAUUAAUGGAUGGCAAUGGGACUUUUAAUCUAACAGAAAACCAGGCCAUUACAUUAAUCAGACCUCUUGAUUAUGAAGUCCAGAGAACACACAUGAUAUUGAUUCAAGCUCAUACGAUCAACAGCAGUGUAAAUGACAGCUUUAAUGAGGUUUAUUACAGUGAUUGUCCCUCUUUUUAUGCAACAAUGGAGAUAACUGUGAUUGUAGAAGAUGUUGAUGAGUACCCCGUGAUGUUUCAGUAUUACAGCAAAUCUACAACGUAUGGUGAAAACCUUACCACAGGGUUGUCUGAUGGGAACAUCCCAAUGCACUGGGUUGUAGUAUCCUCUGAUACUGAGGUUGGAACUUCCAUAUUUAGAUUCACUGUAAUGGAUGCAGAUGGUAGCUCCCCUGAUGUGACAGGAUUUCACAUAUCUGGAAACAACUCUGCACAGGAUUUCCUAGGAGUGACAUCAGAGGGGGAAUUGUACACAACUGAUACUAUUCCUGUUAGUACUUCUGUCUGCCCCUUUGGAUGUGCCGUGCAGGUAUAUGGGCUCUUAGUGACAGCCUCACAAGGCUCCCAGGAAUUUGAAUGCAAGGUCUUGUUGGUCAUUAGGAAUACAAGAAUCAGAAUUGAGGUUCAGGAAGAUACCAGUUCUGUUGGAUUUCAAAUCAUUGAUUAUGUGGCCUCCGAAGGUUCCUCUAUAAGUGAUGGUUCACUUUCUGCAUAUGUCAAUGUCAGUUUUCCAAUACAUGUCAUUGGGUAUGACAUUUUCAUGCAGUCAUUCAAUUACGAGGCAGAGCAAGAGUAUCACCUUCUGUUUAAUUGCACAUAUGAAAAUACCUCUUUCAUAACAGUCCCUAUUGUGAUAGAGGUGGUUGAUGUUAAUGAUAACAGCCCUGUGUUUGAUCAGGACAUGUAUAUUGGAGUGGUUAGGAACACAACUCCAGCAAAUACUACUAUUACUACGUUAAGUGCAUCUGACAGGGAUUUAGGUGACAAUGUCAACCUUGUUUAUACCAUCAUAGAAGGAGACCAGUAUUUCUGGGUGACCGACUGUGGACAACUUCAGACAAAAAUUGAGAUGAAUUUUAUGCAACAUCCACUCCAAGUUAUCGAAGGCAAAGUGAAUGUUUCUGAUGGUCUCCAUUCCAAUGAAACCAUGGUCCUUGUCCUUGUGUAUGCUUUGGAUUUAGAAUACUACAUACCAGAGAACCAAACAGUGGAGUACCUGGUACCAGAGAACCAAACAGUGGGCAAUAUUGUGGUUCCCAACUUGUGUGGAAAUAUGUCAGCUUAUGGUUAUGCCAGUUGCAGUGUCCUUGACCCAACAGGGACAUUUACAAUGAGUAGUGAUCACCUUCAACUUGUUUCAAGUUUGGAUUAUGAAUCUAAUACCACUUUCACAUUAUUACUGAAGGUUGUCUUUGAUACCAUUGAAAUGAACAUAACUGUCACCGUCCAUGUACUUGAUGUGAAUGACAAUUGGCCAUUUUUUAUACAACAAGAGAUUUACACAGCAGUGCAAAAUUUCACUCAGGAAAAUACAACAGUUGCUAUGGUGAUGGCUCAUGAUAAUGACAGCAAUGCUAAUCUUGUUUAUACCAUCACAGAAGGAGACCAUUAUUUCUGGGUGACAGACUGUGGACAACUUCAGACAAGAAUGGAUAUGAGUUUAAUGCCAAAUCCACUUCAGGUUAUUGAAGGCAAGGUGAGAGUUUCUGAUGGUGUCCAUUCCAAUGAAACCAUGGUCCAUGUCCUUGUGUAUGCAUUGGAUCUAGAGUACUACAUACCAGAGAACCAAUCAGUGGGCAAUAUUGUGGUUCCUUACUUGUGUGGAAAUAUGUCAGCUUAUGUAUAUGCCAACUGCAGUGCCAUUGACCCAACAGGGACAUUUGCAGUGCAUGGAGAUGACCUUAUACUUGAUUCACGUUUGGAUUAUGAAUUUAACACCACUUUCACAUUAUUACUGAACGUUGUCUUUGAUACCAUUGAAAUGAACAUAACUGUCACCGUCCAUGUACUUGAUGUGAAUGACAAUUGGCCAUUUUUCAUACAACAAGAGAUUUACACAGCAGUGCAAAAUUUCACUCAGGAAAAUACAACAGUUGCUAUGGUGAUGGCUCAUGAUAAUGACAGCAAUGCUAAUCUUGUUUAUACCAUCACAGAAGGAGACCAUUAUUUCUGGGUGACCGACUGUGGACAACUUCAGACAAGAAUGGAUAUGAGUUUAAUGCCAAAUCCACUUCAGGUUAUUGAAGGCAAGGUGAGAGUUUCUGAUGGUGUCCAUUCCAAUGAAACCAUGGUCCAUGUCCUUGUGUAUACAUUGGAUCUAGAGUACUACAUACCAGAGAACCAAUCAGUGGGCAAUAUUGUGGUUCCUUACUUGUGUGGAAAUAUGUCAGCUUAUGGUUAUGCCAGUUGCAGUGUCCUUGACCCAACAGGGACAUUUACAAUGAGUAGUGAUCACCUUCAACUUGUUUCACAUUUGGAUUAUGAAUUUAACACCACUUUCACAUUAUUACUGAUUGUUUCUUUUGAUACCAUUGAAAUGAACAUCACUGUCACAGUCCAUGUACUUGAUGUCAAUGAUAACCGACCAGUUUUUCUUCAGCAGCAGUACAGUGUUACUGUUAUGAGGGAGAUAAACCCACAUACACUUCUAACCACCAUCACAGCAGAGGAUCCAGACCAGAAUCAGAAUAUCACAUACAAAUUGCUUGGCAGUGACAAUGAGAACUUCCUGAUAAAUAACUAUGGUCAAGUGUUUAGUUUGUCAUCUCUGAACUUCUCAGAUAGUGUUGUUCACACAGUCAAUUUAACAGUCCGGGUAACAGAUGGGAUAUGGACAUCCCAUGCAUCACUUAAACUCCACAUUGUUGCAAACGAAUUGAAAAUCGAAGUUUCUGAAAGUACUCCAAAUGAAAGUAUUGUGCAUUCCAAUUUAUGCAGCCAGGAAUUCUUACUUAAUGGAACAUGCAGCAUUGCUGGAAUGGACUCUACUUUUGGACUGGAUGUUGAUAAGAAUUUGGUGUUGCAAAAACUAUUAGACUUUGAAUCAAAGGAAGACUAUGACCUAAUGUUAACUGCAGUGACAGGGGACACAACCUGGACAUUACCAAUACGUGUUCAUGUGUCAGACACCAAUGAUGAAAUCCCUCUGUUUCAGAAUGAGGCCCAUUUCUUUGGAAUUGUCAGCAAUUCAUCACUUCCAAAUAUGACGAUUUUCAAUAUCAAUGCCAGUGACCCAGACAAUGUUGGUUCGACACUGGAGUUCAGCCUUGAUGAGGUUGGUGCAGAGUAUUUCCAAAUCUCUCACUGUGGACAAUUGCAGACCAUGAGCUCUUUUCCACUGCAGCUUCAAGUUCCAUUUCAUUUUGUCAACUUCUCCAUAUCCGUCACAGAUGGGAUCCAUGUCACCACAACUAGGGCUAGGGUCCUCAUUGCCACUGAUUCAUGGCAGGUGGCAGUUGCUGAAAAUGACACAGAAAAUAAUUGGGAACUGCAAAACUUAUGUGGAAACCUGAACACAUAUGGCGGAUCUUGCACUGUGACCUCAGAUCCAGAAAUACCAGGAUUGUUGUACAAUGCCUCUGAAAACAGCUUGCAUCUCAACACAAGAUUGGAUGCCAGGAUUCAAGAUGUCUAUGAGAUAAAGGUCCAGGCCUCUUUGGUACCAUUUGAAACCAUCACAGUCUCAAUAUCAAUCAACGUAAUUGAUGUAAAUGACCAUGUACCCCAGUUCACCGAGGACUCUUAUUCUGCUGUCCUUCAUAAUGGUGCUUAUGAAAACACUGUCAUUUUAACUUUAGAAGUUGAAGAUGGUGAUCUUGGGAAUAACUCAAAUAUAGAGUACACAAUUACUUCGAACCCCUUUACAAUCUUUGGCAUUAAUAGUGCUGGGUGGCUUUACACCAAUAGAAGGCUUGAUAUAGCGAGUAUCCUGCCUGAUUUGAAUGAUCUCAUAGCAUACACAGCACAGGUAACAGUGGAAGCUAGAGACUUGGGAAUACCCCCCAAACAUAAUAGCACUUCAGUGGAUGUCCUAUUUCUUGAUGAUGAAUUUGUGAUCAACAUAAUGGAAAAUGAGUAUGAUAUACCAUUUGGGAAUAUUAGUGUUCCUGCAUUGAGAAAUAUAGGACUUGUUAGGGCACCUGCUGGUAUUAGUGCAAAUUUGACACACCUUUGGCUGGCAGAAGGGUUGGAUUACGAGCAGAGCUCAAGCCUUCACUUCAGCCUCAAUCUGUCACUGGAUCACAGCCACUACAUUGUACCUGUUACAGUGCAUGUCAUUAAUGUGAACGAUGAACCUCCAGAGUUUGGUGAAAGCAUAUACAACUUUACUGUUCCAGAUGGCGCCAGGUACUAUACAUUGAUAAAUAUGACCACAGCCACUGACAGGGAUACUACAGACAUAACAUAUUCCCUAAGAGAUGUUGAGGAUGAGGUAUCUGGUGGGAUGUCAGUUAGUGGACUGUUUUUGGUUAAUGAAAAAAACGGAGCACUGUACACGAAUGGUCAAAUAAGCUACAAAAAACUUCUUAAAGAGAAGCGUUUUAAGUCCGAAAAUGAUUCCUACCUUGAGUUUAUGAUUGAAGCUAAAGAUGGGGUAUUCACAGCAAAUGCCACAAUAAGAGUGACUGUUUUGAAAUAUGAUCUUAGUGUAGUUAACCAGUAUAACACUACCACAGCUUCCUUACAAGAAGGAAAUUACAGCAGCACUUUAUUCUUAGUCACCGAUGAGGCAGCUCGAGCAAAUUAUUCUGACUUCAAGUUUCAAGUGACUCCAAAGCAAGAUGAGCUGAUGUUCUUUAUUAAUGAGACAACGGGUUUCAUUUAUACAAAUCAAACAUUUGACCGGGAACAAGAUGACAACUACAUAGUCUUUGUAAUUGCUUUAGAACAAGGUCUAGACAGUUGCCAAGCAGCGGUUUUAGCCGUUGUAAACACCACUAUCACUGAUAUUAAUGACAACCCACCUGUUUUCACAUCUCAAACUUAUGAAGGUCAUGUGGAUGAAAAUAGGACUAGUGCUGAAGUGCAGUUUCAGAUGCCCAUUAAUGCACCAGACAAGGAUAUCGGAUCAAAUGCUUUGAUAUACUACGAACUACUAAAUGGAACAGAUGUCUUUCAAAUUGACAACACUACAGGGAAAUUGUACACAAGUGGGAAAUUGGACAGGGAAGAAACUGGUUUUUACAUAGUCAUGAUUUCUGCAUCAGAUUGGACAUACAAUGACACAGCAACAGUUAACAUAACAUUGGAUGAUGUAAAUGACAAUGCCCCUGAAUUUAGCGAGACAAACUAUACAUUUAAUGUAUCAGAAGACCAUUCUUCGGACAAAUCCAUCGGUCAAGUUUUAGCUACAGACAGGGACAUUAAUAUUUUACCACUAACCUACCAUAUUGAAAAUGACAGCAAUGAAAAGUUUACCAUGAAAAACCCAUUCACUGGUGAAAUUUGGAUUUCCGGGACUCUAGAUCGAGAGAGUCUUCAGAAUGACAGAAUUGAGUUUCUAGUUAUUGCGAAAGAUUCAAGUUCAGGCUCUACUACCGAUACAUCACAUUCAACCACUGCCACAGUCACAGUCAUUGUCAGUGAUGUCAAUGAUAAUUCUCCAGAAUUUGGCAAGAACAUAGAUGUGGAUGUGUUGGAGAACUAUACAGGCCCACUCACUCAAGUACAUGCAACAGAUCCUGAUGCAGGAGAAAAUGGCACUGUUACAUACUGGCUAGAUGACAAAUCUAGAUUUUCUAUCGAUAAUACUACAGGGAAUAUUACAUUGGAGCAAUCGUUUGACUUUGAAGAUGAGAAUUUUAUUCGACUCACUGUGUAUGCCAGGGACAAUGGCAAAUCCUGUCAGAGCAGUGGUAGUUGCAGUGACACUAUGGAGGUGAUGAUCACCAUCAAGGAUAUUAAUGACAAUCCACCUGUGUUUUUGAUUCAAAACAUAAUUCUGUCAUCACCAGAUAAAAUUGGAAUAGUAAUACCCAUGAUAGCUUUUGAUAGAGACUCAAAAGAAAAUGGUGAUGUUACAUACUCUUUUCCUGAUUACCCAAAUAAUACCUUGAAGCGAUUCUUUAAUGUUUCAAACUCAGGAAUAAUUUCAGCUAUUAAGAUUAUUAAUAUACAAUUAGACACAAACAAUCGUGUGCUCACAGUGAUGGCAAAAGAUAAUGGCUCCAAACCUCUCUCAGGAUUUGCAACAAUAACAUUUUUUGGUCAAAAUGAAGAGACGCCUUGUAAACUAAACAACGAAAUUUAUGUCAGCAACAUAACAGAGGAACAGCAUUAUCCAUGGCCAGUGAUAAGUUUAACUUACAACAAGUCUAGUGAGGAAGACAAGUGCAUUUUUACUCUCUCUUGUCCCCAAGAUGCACCGUUCUUGGUGAUAAAUUCCACAACAGGAGAAAUUGGUUUGAGGAAUGGGUCACUGGAUAGAGAAGAACUGGAUAACUUUUUCAAAAGCACUUGGGACAGCAGGACUUUGGUGUGCAUUGUAUCUUUCUAUGUUCCUGAUAAACCAACUAGUGCAGCAGAGUAUUUAUAA